CCUACCAUUAAUGAGGAUCCUAACGUCAGGCUCAUCAGGCAGCUGAGGGCAGAGAUAGCACGGUUGAAAGCCUGCCUUACUGGAAUGGAAUUGACAGACCUACAGACUGUAGACAAAUUGCAAGAAAAUGAAGCGAGGGUAAAAAUGCUGACAGAAGAGUGGGCCACCAAGUGGAAAGAAACACAGAAAAUAAUGAAGGAGCGCACCUUAGCCCUGAGAUCAGAAGGAAUGGGAGUGGUUCUGGACUCAGACCUACCUCAUCUGAUUGGCGUGGAUGAUGACCUGUUAAGCACGGGACUUAAACUUUAUCACAUCAAGGAAGGGAACACGACCAUCGGCCAUCAGGAUGCUGACCAUCCCUGUGACAUUGUUCUUUUUGGUGCUGAUGUGCAAGAUAAGCAUUGCUGGCUGAGCAACAAAGGAGGGAUAGUCAGUCUCCAUCCAAUAGAGGAGGCUGUCUGCUCUGUCAAUGGCACCCAAGUCAGGGCACCUUUACAACUUACUCAAGGCUGCAUUGUUGGUAUUGGUGAAACCAACCUUCUUCGCUUCAACCAUCCUGAAGAAGCGAAGCGUCUACGCAGAGAACUGAAGUCCAAAUCCAUGAACGAUCUAAGCAUGUAUAGAUCCACAGAAAAUCUGCUAGCAGCCACACUUCGUUAUAGUGGGGCUGGCAUGGAACGGAAGCACAAGGAAGAAUGGGACAAGCUGGAGCUAAAAAGGAUUGAAAUACAAAAGCUUGAGGAGAAGUUUAAAGUGGCCGAGUCGCAUCGGCAGGAGUUUCAGAAGAAGGGCGAGUCGGACCUGGAAGCCCAGCAGCAGCAGAUUGAGCAGAUGCGCCAGCAGUGGCAACAGGCUCAGCACAAAGCCACCCAGGCCGAGCAGGAGCUGGAGGAAGAACGCAAGAAGCGGCACCGGCAGAACCGGGACAUCCUGAAGCAGCUAGAGGAGUACAAUCGAGAGAAGGAGCGGCAGUGCCAGGAGUUCCAGGAACACCUGGAACAACUGGACCGCCAGCGGGAAGACAGCGAGCGCCAAUGCCGGGAGAUGGCCAUUGCACUGGAAUCGGAGAGAGAGCAGACUGAAAAGCGGGCAGAAGAGGAGAGGCAGCGGCUGGCUGAAAUGGAGCAGAAGCAGGAAAAAAUUUUGCUGGAGCGGGAGGAGGAGCUAGCCGAGGAGAGAGUGAAGCUGGAAGACCUGCUCCGGGAAGAAAGGGAGAAGUUCCAAGCAGAACUGGCAAAGCUGGAAGAGAAAGAAGCAGAGAUGGAGGAAAACCUGGAGAAGGCAAAGCAGGAUCUCCAGAGGCAGCAAGAGCAAGUCCAGCGCGAGAGGGAUGAGGAGCACCACUUCCUGGAGAUAGAGCGGGAGAAGCUAGAGGCUUUGAAAGCCAAACACGAGGUGGCCCGGCAGCUGGCCAAGACAAUGGACGAUUCAGUGAAGGCCCAGCUAGCCAUGGAAAACCAGCAAGUGGCCGAGGCCUGGGCCAACUUUGACAAGCUGAAACAGCGGCAGCUGGACACCAUCGAGGAGGCUGAGAAGAGCAUCCAGGCCAAGGCCGAGAACCGCGUUGCAGAAAUUUGGCAGAGCAGGACCGAGCUGGAAGACAAGAAGGCAGAACUGGGCAGGAGGAAGACGGAAAAUGAGCGUGCAAUGAAGGCCGCGAUGAGCGAAGAAGAAAAAAGAGAUUUGAGGCAAGAAUUGGAGAGGAUAGUGGCGGAAGAAAAGAGAAUAACCACGGAAGAACUGUCCCUGGAAGCGAGGGAAGCAGAUGUAGAAAAGGACAUCGAGGCCGAGUUUGUUGAGCUUGAGAAACAAAAACGCAGGGACGAAAGCAUUCUGGAAGCUGAGUGGAACAAUCUGUUGAGGAUUGAGGCAGCCAACCUGCAUUACCUUGAGCAGGAGCUGUCCGAUCGGAAGGCAGCCAUGGAGAAGCAGAAGCAGAAGCUGAACAGUACCGACGAGCACCUGAAGCAGUUCAAUAUGACUCGGAGCCGGACUCUUUCAAGCUUCACCAAAGAGGAUGCGGGCAUUAAGGACAAGAAGGAACAGCUACAGGAGCUGCUCCAAACCAAGGAGUGUAGCAUCCAGGACGAGCUUUCGGCACUUGAAGAGGGACGAGCGGAGCUGAAGGCGAGGAAGGGGCAGGACAGCGAGGAGAUGGGAGAGCAGCGGCGGCUGCUAGAGGAGGCCUUGGCCGCCAAGAGCAGCCUGCUGGAGUCAGAGGAGGAACUGAAAAGAGAGACAGCAAAGCUCACGCACCUCGUAGAGCAGAUCACCCGCGAGAAGCAGGGUUUGGAAGAACUUCUGCAAACGGAGAGCUUCAGUGAGAGCCGGUUUAAGGAAGAGCAACGGAAAUUAAAUGAGAAGAUGGAGAUACUUGCCUGGACACUGUGGUGUGUUUUAUUCUGGUGUGUGAACACAUUCACAAGCAUGGCCCUAAUCCUAGCCUUUUCUCUACUGCAUAAACUUGUGGACGGUCUGAAGCACCUGGAGGAGCAGACAAAGGAGAAAGAGAGCGACCUGAUCCAACAAAGGGAGGAGUUCGAGAAAGAGAGGCAAGCGGAGCGGGCUCUGAUCGAGGCGGAGAGAGCUCAUCUACAAGAACUUGAGAAUCAGGAGAGGAUCAGCAAGCUGGUGGAGGAGACAGUGAAGCAGCGGCUGCUGGAGGAACGCAGCGAGAGGGAUGAGCAGCUGCGGCGGGACCAGGAGAGGGAGCGGCUGGAGCGGGAGAGACAGCUGGAGCAGCUCAAGAGGGACCACAGCCAGGAGAUGGAGGAGCUCAGGAAACAGAUCAAGAAACGGUGGGGAGGCAGGAUCAAAUCCCAACAGGCUACGGGGAAAUCAGGGAGUCAGUUUAGCGUAGUGUUUCUGUCCUUACCUUUCACCUCUACAGCCCAGGUUUGAUUCUCUGCUCGUACCUACCUUAUUCUGUGGGCUUUACCCAGAAUAUUAUAAAAGGGUUUUCGUCCCACCUCUAAAACUGUAAUUCCUCUCUACAGGUUUCUCCAAACUUAUAAGCUACAUAUGCUGUACAUUGUGGUGCAUUAUGGGUUCUUUUGAGGAAUCAUUUGUUUCAUUACCAGAAAUGCUUAACAAUGAAACUUUGCUUCUGGAAAGUUUAAGUCAUUUAACAGGGGUUGACCUAUUAGUUACCAAUGAACUCUUCUGCCCAUGGGCCCUGGGCAAAAAAAUAAAGAAAUGCUGAGCUUUAGAUGCCUGGUUGGGAGUUGAACCGGCUAGGCUGUAGAAGUAGAAAGCAAGGAAAGCUCAAAAUCCUGACUCCCCUACAUUUGUAAGUUGACCUGCUCCGAAGUUAUUAAAAGUGGUGACUUAUUUGUGUUUGCAUUGGGCUUUAAGGGCAAACGACUAUCUGAAAUCUUUGUCAUGAAAGGAUUCCUCAACUGUCCACAUAGUCACGUGUCGAUUAUCAGUUACUAGUUUACCUGACUUGAAUGUUUGACAGGUCCAACCGCGUCAUAGCAGAGUAUUAUACAUUGUCAGCUUGUUCAUGGAUAAAAAGGCAUUCUAAUGGAACUUUUCUAUGUGGCCUGAGACUUCCCACAACUUAGAGUGAAACAGCUACAGAUGCAUUGGAGAAUACAAAGUGGAAUGCUAAUUUUUUCUAAUUGAUGGAAAGAACAGUUAUGGAAUUUUUCCUUGUAUGAGUUGUUUUUCUUUUGUUCUACGCCCAAUGUAUGCCAUACAGCAGACGGACAAAAACACAUGGCAAAGUUUUGUGUUGGUCCAAAUUUCCUUUUUUCUGACCUUCCAUCACAUUCCCAAGUGAAGUCUGAUUUGUUUGCUCUGUAGAAGUGAUUCUUAUGGUGCCUUGUCACUGCAAGGAAAUGGAGAAUUCAACUCACCACCAAAGAGAAGAUACUCUGUUUCCUCACCAAUCACUCCACACACA